GUCAAUGGCGGAACGUUGUUUACAUGGAGGCACGAAACAAAACGACAACAAAGUAGCGAUAAGGUUUCGAAAAUAGCGCAAUUCUGUCCACCAAAGGAGUUAACAAUAGCAAGAGAAGGCUAAGGAAUAAUUUAAAGGCACUAAAAAUGACUUCCCAGGAGCGCAGUAUGCUGCGGAAGUCGGAGUUUCCAGAUAUGGCCCGGGACGCCCUCGCGAUCAUAGAAAACCUGAUCAUUAAUCGGAACAAGCACGACAUGGCGAUGGAUCUGAUUGCGGAGUUUGUGUUCCGCGAGCGUCGCGAUGAGCCGGCGCGUGGUGGCCAAUUUGCUAAACAAUCAGCCCAACCGCGCCUGUCCCCGAUCGAAGAGUUCCAGCUGGUGCUGGUGCUGUGUGAUUUCUUCUCCCGCCCCGGUCCGGACGCGACCCGGAAUGCGGUGUUUCUGUCCCUGUUUGGGGGCUCCAACACGCGCACGAGCGUGCUGAACAAGCUGAUCAGUACGGCCGUGUCCGGAUCGAUUGCACCGUUGCUGUGUGCGGCUGGGACGUGGAUGCAGCAGCUCGGAUGCACCUCACCGGCUAGCCUGGAGCUGGCACAGUGCAUCGUGCGCGAUUUCGUCAUCUUCUCGAAGAACUCGUCGGAGCAGCUCAAGUCGCUACCGUUGGUUGCGCCACGGUUUGCCGCCAACCUGAUGACGGCCGUGACGGAUCUGUACCUAAAUGGGACGGCCAAAUCGCAACUCAUCCCACCGCCCGAUCUGCUGCUGGACGUAAUAACGGACUGGGUGUCCGAGAAUCCUUCCCUGUGUCUUGCCUCCCAGCAACAGCUGGCCCUGCCGAGUGGUGCCAUCGCGAUGCCGGUAAUAACGCCCCUUGCCGGGCUUAUCCGUUGGUGUGUGCUCUCGCUGCUGGUUACGAACCGCCAGGAGCUGUACAGCAAGCUGCAUCUAGCCGUACUGCAAAGUUUGCUGGAAGCAACGCCACCCAUUACGACACCACCUACUCUGCAGCCGAUUAACGCGCAGCAUCUGCUGCUGAUAGUGAACACGAUCCAGGUGGAGAUGGAAACUCUCACACAGCAGGGAAUGUCGCUGGAGGAGGAAAAUCUGCAAAAUUGCCUGGAACGGUUUGCGCAAGCCGUGCAGGUGGGGCUUACCUCGCGCUGCAUCUUCGGUAACAUCACGCAGCUUAUGUUCCGCUUGGAAGCCCUGCCGGGCAAGAACAAGCUGCUACAAAUCGUCAUUAAUGCGAAUAAAACUUAGUUAAGAAAGUAUACGCAAUUUCAUAAGA